AUGAGAGGCUGGCUUCUUUUUGCGACAUUAUUCCCGAUAGCCCUUUCGACCGUAUUUAACUACAAGUUGCACGAGUCAAACGAUGAGGAAGUGAAUCGCUGUGUGGCAAAUGCAAUCGAGCAAAUCCAACGGGAGACUUGUCUCUUUUGGGAGGAUGGCGAUGAGGAUGGAGAUCCGGUCACUUUCCUUCAAUCUGGACACUGCUCGUGGCAAGCGUCGAACAAAACAGUGCAUUUGAGCCCGAAUUGCAUCACGGAUGAUACAUGCUUUGAAAUUCUUGGAAAAGUCGCCGACAUCGAGCAGCCAAGACGACACAUCAGUCGCCACAUUAACAUCAAGUUCAACUGCACUGAAAAAUGCACAACAGAGUGCCAAAACGGCGGAGUGCUCGACGAUGAAUGCAAAUGCUCGUGUCAAUAUGGUUUUAAAGGAGACAACUGUGAAAAGCUGAGCCGUGCUCAUCAGUUUACUGACACGACUUGCGGGGUGAUCAAGGCUCAACAAUCUGGAAACAUUGCUUUGAGCACUCACCCUGACAACUAUCACAAACAAACUUUCUGCCAAUGGCAAAUUAAGACCGAAGAUCCAUGGGAUGUGAUCGAGUUGUCGUUUGAUGAUUUCGAUUUGGAUAAUGAUGAGUUGCCUCCAGGCCAACAUUGCAACGAUCUUUUCUACGUUUAUGGAGCCUAUGGCGUUGAGAAUCCAAUUCCCUGUGAUGGAGAGCGACCCCGAAAAAUGCGCUCUGAAUCGAAUUGGUUGUUGAUCGAGUUGCGCACGAAUCCGUUCUCCGAGAAGGGUCACAAGGGACCCGAGAUGAGAUACCAAGUUGUCAACACAAAAAGUGGGAUCAAAACAUUGUCGGAAGAGCAAACUUCCGUGUCCACCGCUGUGCUGUCUUCACUCCUCCCAAUCGCUAUCGCCGCUCUUCGACUAUUG